UAAGAUCAAGAUCAUCAUGUUUUAAUAGACUCCUAAAAUGUGAUGAUAUACAUGUUGAUACAUAAAAUAAUAAACUUUUUUAACACGGAGAACGCAAUGAUCGUCUUGAAGAUGCAGCCGAGGAUUAUCAUUAUUGGUGCAGGCAUUGCGGGAAUAUCUGCAGCAAGACGUUUGGUUGAUGUCGGAUUUAAAAGAGUUCUUAUAGUUGAAGCUGCCGAAAGAAUUGGUGGCCGGAUUUACACAGUUCCGUUCGGUGAUGAUAAAUUCCCUGUUGAAUUAGGGGCCAAUUGGAUACAUGGUCCCAGUGAACAAAAUUCAGUUUUUCGGAUAGCAGACGCAAUUGGGGCAUUAAAACCGUACCAGGUUAUGAAUAGAAUCUCUAGAUUUAUAACUGAAGAUGGAGUCGAGAUACAAAAAGAUAUCGUAAAAGAUGCUGUUCAUUCUUUCAAUAAAGUUGCAGACGAUGUUUACAAAAUACUGCCGAAUGAACGAAUUCGUCAUGGUCGGAUAGUCACUGUUGCUCCUCUUAUACAUGAACGACUGGCUAAAGAAAUAGAGAGAAAUAAGGGCGAGUUAAGUUGCACAAAGGACACGAAAAGAGUAUGGAAUGCGAUGCUGAAUUUUGUACGCUACUAUGAUGGCGAUGAACUGGAACAAGUCACAUGGGAAAAGUACAGGGACGAGUAUAACUUACCGGAAGGCGGCGAUGUUUACAUACCAGGCGGAUAUGAUCAGAUAUUAAAACAUCUGAUGAAGUCGAUUCCAAAGAAAUCACUCAUGUUGCAAAAGGAAGUGAUUGAAAUCUUAUGGAAUAAUAGAGAUGAUAAAUCAAUCAAAAUUAAAACCAGAGAUGAGUCAACUUUCGAAGCAGAUCAUGUUAUUGUGACGUCAUCAAUUAGUUACCUUAAAAGGCAUCACGAAACCCUGUUCAAACCGAAACUUCCUCAAUCAAAAAUUGAUGUACUGAAUUCGCUAAAACUAGGGCGAGUGAAUAAAAUAUUUUUGCAGUUUGACGAACCAAUAUUAGCACCGACUUAUCGCAGUAUAGCAUUUGCUUGGGAUGACACAUCCAUUAAAAAUGUUCAGAAUGAUUGGUACAAGCGUAUAAUUGGUUUUGAUCAAAUAUUCACAAAGAACAACACUCUUCUUGGGUGGAUUGCUGGUGACGCUGCAGAGUACAUGGAAACGCUGUCAAAUGACGAAAUUGGUAAAAUUUGCGUAGAGCUUCUUCGUAAAUUGUUGGGCAAUAGAAAUAUCCCAAAACCAAAGGCGGUUUUGGUUUCAAGAUGGUGUAGUAAUCCGUAUGUGCUGGGAUCGUAUUUUCACCAAACGAAAAGAAUGAUUCCAGGGGAGCAGACGAUACUAUCUGAACCGAUCACGACGCCAUCUGGUGGACCUGUUAUUAUGUUCGCAGGAGAAGCGUUGACUAAUGGCUGUACACAUGGAGCACGGGAUUCAGGUAUUCAACAGGCAGAAAGACUCAUAGAACUUUAUAUUAAGAAGAAAAAAUAAAUGCAACUUUUAAUGUCCAGCGGAUUAUUAAUGACUGAUUCGAAGAAGCCAUUUUACAUGUAUAUAAUUGUAUAUAGUAUUCUCUUAUGCUAUAAAUCUUAAUACAUUUUGUAUUUUGAAUUUGUUUGGUUUUACGGCGUACCAACACAAUUUAAGUCAUAAGGCGUUGAAACAGGAAGGAUUACUUUGGCUAACCUCGGGAGUAACUAACUAAAAGCAACAGCAGAGUUCAAAAUAACGUGACCUGCAGGAGCUAAGACAUACAUAAGCUCCAGUAAUUCGAACUUUUUCUCUGCAGUUAAAUGGCUGCUCAUCAUGCAACUAAUACGAGUAUAAUCAAAGUACGGAAGUACAGAAGGGCAGGCUAUAUGAUACUCUAUGCUUCACUGAAUUCAAUUACGCAAUGUUAGUAUUGAAAAAAACACACAACGAUAUCAAUUUGAUUAGUAGAGACAGUUGAUAAAGUCUACAAUGUUGUAAGAAAAUGAAAGGCAAUGUGCGAUCAUUUAAAUAACCGAUGACAAAAUUUCUUUUAAGAUAUCAGUUUAGACUUAAUAUGCAAUAAAUGUUACUUUGAUAACAUGUAAUGAAUUUUUUAUAAUUAUUUCUUUUAUGAAAUUCUUUUACGAUAAGGCAAGAUUUGGAGAAUCAGCCCGGAUUUUUUUUCAAUACAUACAUACAUACAUGAUGAAUGUAUAAAUUGACUGGCGGAAAACACAGAGUCGCAAACUAAUU